UGUUUAAAGUUUAGGUAAUUAUCUAAAUUCACAAUUUAGUGUUUUCCUUUGACGUCCAUACACACCCGUGCGCAUGUGCAGUGUUACUUCCUAGCGUCUAACUUUGCCGUGGAGUGAGUGCCUUCAGUUCUUUGCUGUCUUUGCUCAGGAGGAAAGCGCAGCACAGUGCGAUAGAGCGCGCGAGUAGAGUUUGCCAGGGACCCAGCAGAAAUGUCGGAAAGUGGGAGUCAGGAAGCUUCCGGGGCCUCGAACGGCAGAGACAGCCCGACAAAACAGGCACCCCGACCGCCCGUUGGCAACAGAGUGACCGUGGUGCUCGGGGCACAAUGGGGCGAUGAGGGAAAAGGGAAAGUUGUGGAUUUGCUGGCACAAGACGCGGAUAUGGUGUGCAGAUGUCAGGGCGGCAACAAUGCAGGACACACAGUGGUCGUGGACGCAGUGGAGUAUGAUUUUCACCUCCUACCCAGUGGCAUCAUCAACCCCAAGGUCACCGCUUUCAUUGGGAAUGGUGUUGUGAUCCAUCUCCCUGGCCUGUUUGAAGAGGCGGAAAAAAAUGAGCGCAAAGGAAAAAGCCUAAAAGACUGGGAGAAAAGGCUGAUCAUCUCAGACAGAGCACACAUUGUGUUUGACUUCCACCAAGCGGUCGAUGGCGUUCAGGAACAGCAGAGGCAGGAGCAAGCAGGCAAGAACCUCGGGACGACAAAGAAGGGGAUUGGUCCGGUGUAUUCGGCGAAGGCGGCACGUAGCGGUCUCAGGAUAUGUGACCUGUUGGCAGACUUCACUAAGUUCUCGGAAAGGUAUAAAGUAUUGGCUCAGCAGUAUAAGUCUAUGUACCCAACGCUGGAGAUCGACAUAGAAGGAGAGUUGCUGAAAUUAAAGGACUACGUGGAGCAGAUCAAGCCCAUGGUGAGGGAUGGUGUGCACUACAUGUAUGAAGCUCUUCAUGGUCCUCCAAAGAAAAUCCUGGUGGAAGGAGCAAACGCAGCGCUGCUAGACAUUGACUUUGGCACAUAUCCAUUUGUGACGUCGUCCAACUGCACGGUGGGCGGGGUGUGCACUGGCCUCGGCAUGCCUCCUCAGAACGUUGGCGAGGUCUAUGGCGUGGUCAAGGCGUACACCACCAGAGUGGGCAUUGGUGCUUUUCCCUCUGAGCAGAGCAACGAGGUCGGAGAGCUGCUUCAGACUCGAGGGAAAGAGGUUGGUGUGACCACGGGGAGGAAAAGACGAUGUGGUUGGCUGGAUCUGGUGCUCAUUAAAUAUGCACACAUGAUUAAUGGCUUCACUGCGUUGGCCCUCACCAAACUGGACAUACUUGACGUGUUUCCAGAGAUCAAAGUGGGCGUAGCGUACAAAGUCGACAACCAAUUUAUACCUCACUUUCCAGCCAAUCAGGAGGUGUUACACCGUGUGGAGGUUCAGUAUGAGACGCUGCCCGGCUGGAAUAGCGACACCUCUGCUGCCAGAAGCUUUGAGGAGCUGCCUGAGAACGCCCAGAAAUAUGUCCGCUUCAUUGAGGAGCAUGUGGGAGUGCCUAUCAAAUGGAUCGGAGUGGGCAAGUCUCGGGAGUCUAUGAUCCAGCUGUUCUAGACGAGGAGCUAGCAAAAACCACCACACAGCAGCGAAUCGACUGUACCCUUCAGCCCCAGCCCCUCCCACACACACAGCCUACCUACCUGUCUUAACCCUCCAACAAAGACACGACCACAUCUGUUCGUAAUGUUUUAACUCUGUACCAUCAGACCUCUCUAGAUCAGACUGACCACUGUGUUUGAAAAGUUUCCAACAUCUCCAUCUGGAUUUUUAACCAUUUUAAACUUGAGGAUAAUAUAAUCCUUUUUUUUUUUUUUUUUUUUUUUGAUUAGUGUCUUUUUAUGUCGUAGCCAUUUAUUUCAGACGAGCAAAACAAUCGGCAACUCCAACUGCCAUCACCUCUGAGAGGACAGGAGGGAAGGAGCCGACGCAGACUCAGGAUGUCUGAAGGAAUUGUGUCCUCAUGUUCGGCUGCUCAAACUCUGUUCAGUUUGUGUUGGUUUAUGCUGUGAUUGAAAUGCGCUGUGCCAGUUUGGUGUAAAUCUGUUUUAACCUCAGCACUUUAGUUGCUUUGGACUAUAUCAACCUAAUGUUUUAUUCUGCCAGAUGUAUCGCACAUACUGACACGAUAAAGGGAUCCUUUCAUUUUCCAGUCCGUCUUCUUCUGCUGUUGUUGUCAGACAGAUGUUCACGCUUAUAUUGCCUUGUCAUUCAACAAAAAAAGAAGACUUUUUAAUUGUCUUGUAGUCAGCAAAGGCUUCCCCUGAAGGCUGAUGGCGAAAAGUUGACUCACAUUUGCCUAUACUGUACGAAGGCUCCUGCUUUAGGAUUUAUUCUUAGCAGAUGAGUUUUCUAACUAACUUUUUUUCAAACCCUGAGUUAGUCUGAAUCCUUCUUCUUAUGUUUAUUGGAUUGUUUCUUUUUAUUUCCUUUGAUUUCUUUGUACUUUCAGCACUAUGUUCUGUUAAUGUAGGAGAAAGGUAACGGUAACUUAUAAACUGAUAAAUAUAAUUUAAGAUAUAUUGUUGUCAUUGCUUUUGUUUCAGCAUCCAUCUGUGAAUCCAAAAAACAAGUUCAGUCAAAGCUUAAAAAAGAAAAAAAAAGCCAGUAUUUUUUCACUUGGAGCAUAGAACUGGUUAGUUUUAGUUUCACCAA